AUGAAGAACCAAUUAGUCGAUGUGUUACACAACUACUAUUCUCUUCUCGGCAUAACUUUAGAAAACCAAUCAAAUGACGUGGACAAUCUCAUUCUUUCGAACUGCCCCAUUCCAGUGACCACUGCGAUGUUGGACCACAUCAAUCAACGACUCGAAGAGCUGCGCACUCUCGAAGCCCAGCGGAGAGAGGUCAUCGACCGUUUUUACUGUCAAAUUACGGAGCUUUGGCGUCUUCUCAACACAUCUGCGGAAGAAGUGGAUUCCUUUUCGGCCAAAUGCCAGAUCAACUUGUCGAACGAGACGAUUUCUCUGCACGAAAACUAUCUCCACCAACUGCAGGAGCAAGUGAAGCAGCGACUGACGCAGCUGAUCCCCGCGAUUCGUGAGGAAAUCCAGGGCGUAAUCGAUUACAUCUGCGCGUACAGCAACGUCCUGCAGAGCUGGGAUUUGUCGGUUUUGCAGGCCUCGCCCGGUAUUUCUGAUCGUUCCGACUGA